GGUUUUUGGAUUUUCUUCAUAUCUACUCCCGGAUGGUGGUGAGAUCGUUGGUGAGCGACCUACUGCUUUUUUGAUGCUUUUUCUUUCGGAUUUCUCAGGCGGUGAGACUGCCCGUGGAUUUUCCAUGGCAAGCCUAAGCAACUCUGCAGUCUUGCACCAUUGUAUACUGGCCAGAAUCCCUGACAGUGCGUUUGAGGUUUGUGAGGUUUGUUUGUUUGCGCAGGUUUUCAAGCUUGCUUUCGGAAGAUCCAGAUCAUCCAGAUCCCUUCCAAGAGCUUUGGCCUUUGUGUCCUUGAAUCUUUGGGAAACAAGCAUCGCAAAACGUUACAAGGUUUGUCGUCUCCACCCUCGCAAAGGAUUUCGUCGCCUGCACAUUGUUUGUGAUUCACAUUGAAGCUACAAUGCUACCGGAAAAGAAGUGAGAUGAACGCACCUGGCCUACAUACCCGUUUGUAUGUCGUUGAAGAGAGCGUCAGCAGCAUGCUCUUCAUGCUGCCAGGUCUCCACGUCUCCCGGCGGCGAGCGGACCGCGGACUGGACGAUGCCGGCCCAGGAGGAAGCGAUCUCCUUCCACCGGGUCCUGGUUGUACCUGUGUUUGUAUCGGAGGAUGGUGCAGCAUCGGUCGUACUCAUGCUGGUGCUUCAGUACGUUUGCGACCCUGUUUCGUCGGCAUCUCAGGACUCGGUCGAUGAGAAUGAUCAAGAGGAUCGCAAUACGGAUCGCGUGCACAUCAACAACGACGCAGACGUGGAGGAAGCCUAUGAUGCUUGCUGCGCUUGAACCCGCGUGCACGUGGAAAGCAGUCGGUCUCGUGGAACUUUGCUAUUGCGCCCAAACCCGCCCCCAGUGCUGAC